AUGUCUUCCGGGUUCGUCUCCGCUGGCACCAACGAGAAGCCUGUGGAGCGUGAUGCCGAAUGGGUGAGGGUCCAGCAGGAGCUAGAGGAGGAGCGGCGGCGUAAGGCCGACGCAGGAAAACAGGGCGAUGGCAAGAGUCUUUACGAAGUGCUACAGCAAAACAAGUUGGCCAAGCAAGAGCAAUUCGAGGAAAAGACACGAUUGAAAAACCAAUUUCGCGCCCUCGACGACGACGAAGUCGAGUUUCUCGACUCGGUCCUAGAAUCUACCCGUGCCCAAGAAGCCGCUCUCAAGCGUGAGACCGCAGAUCAACUCGAAGAAUUCCGCAAGCAACGCGAAGAAGCAGAAAAGGCCCAGCUAGGCCCGACAUCGUCAGAUGUCACGCCCGCGGAAGAGGAAGAAUGGACAAUCCCUGCGCGUAAGAAACGGCGAGGGAGGAAAGACCUGCUGCUGUCUGGUAAAAAACGCAAGAUAUCGCUAGGAAGAGAGGGUCAAGAACCAGACCAAAGUAAUCCCCGGCCGCGAGAGGCUAACGAGGGUAAUGAGCCUACCGUGGAGAAUCGUGAGGUCAACCAAGCUGCCCCCCAAAGUACUACCAAGGCAACUGAGGCCCCUGCGAAGCCCGACAACACUGUUACCCAGCCACCGCAUCUACCUGGAGCAGUGAAGAGUCCUGAUUCUCAAGCGUCCAAAGUGGCCACUGGUGGGGGACUGGUAGCCUAUGGCUCUGACUCUGAUUCUGAAUAA